GCCAGUGCAUGCAUUGUAUAUCUGCACUGCUACGCCGGUGGGCACGUACGUGCAACAGGCAGCAGGAGAGUAGCUAGCUAGUAUACUAUACUUUCAUGGCAGCUGAUGAGGCAAGAUCCGUCAGCAGGCUCCACAGUGAGGAGGACAUGCAUGGGAAGCACCACUCCACUCUAUGGGGUGACUUCUUCCUUCACCAUGUCCCAUGUCGUCCAGGACAGUAUUUGAUUAUGAAGGAUAACGUCGAAAUAAUGAAGGAGGAGGUGAAGAAAAUGUUACUGGAUGUUGGAUCCUCUGAUUUGUCUCAUAAGUUAGACUGCAUUGAUACACUAGAACGGCUUGGACUGGAUUACCACUAUACCAAGGAGAUUGAUGAAUUAAUGUGCAAUGUCUUCGAAGCUAGGGAUCAAGAUCUUGAUCUUACUACAACAUCACAGCUUUUCUAUUUGCUUAGGAAGCAUGGAUAUCAUAUUUCUUCUGAUGUAUUUUUGAAGUUCAGAGAUGAUAAAGGAGAUAUCGUAACAAAUGAUGCAAGGUGUUUACUGAGGAUGUACGAAGCGGCACAUGUUAGAGUGAACGGUGAAGAAAUACUUGACAAUAUUCUCAUUCACACCAAGAGACAACUUCAAUGUAUUGUAGAUGAUCUCGAACCAACACUGCAAGAAGAAGUUAGAUAUGCAUUGGAGACACCUCUUUUCAGAAGACUCAACAGAGUACAGGCCAGGCAAUUCAUCUCAACAUACGAGAAAAGCACUACGCGUAUCAAUAUGCUCCUGGAGUUCUCAAAAUUAGACUUCAACAUCUUGCUCACCCUAUACUGUGAGGAGCUAAAAGAUCUUACGCUGUGGUGGAAAGAGUUCCAAGCACAGGCUAACACGACAAUCUAUGCACGAGAUAGGAUGGUGGAGAUGCAUUUCUGGAUGAUGGGAGUCUUCUUUGAGCCCCAAUACUCCUAUUCACGAAAGAUGCUCACGCAGUUGUUUAUGAUCGUGUCUGUACUCGAUGACUUGUAUGACAGCCAUUGCACCACAGAGGAAGGCAACGCCUUCACUGCAGCAUUACAAAGGUGGGAUGAAGAAGGCGUGGAGCAAUGCCCAACAUACUUGAGGACUCUGUAUACAAAUAUACGUGCCACCAUAAAAGCCAUCGAGGAGGACUUGAAUUUUCAAAACAACAAACAUGCAAAGUUGGUAAAAGGACUGAUAAUCGACAUGGCCAUGUGCUAUAAUGCCGAGACAGAAUGGCGUGACAAGAAAUAUGUGCCAGCCACCGUUGAUGAACAUCUGAAAAUUUCAGCACGCAGCAGUGGCUGUAUGCACUUGGUGAGCCAGGGGUUCAUUUCGAUGGGAGAUGUGGCAACUAGCGAGGCCCUCGAGUGGGCCUCUACCUAUCCCAAAAUCGUUCGAGCUGUCUGUAUCAUUGCACGCCUCGCUAAUGAUAUAAUGUCGUACAAGAAUCUUUUUUAUCUGCAGCGAGAAGCAUCAAACAAUACUAUGGUGUCUACAGUGCAAACUUGUGCAAAAGAAUACGGCACCACCACAGUAGAACAGGCCAUAGAAAAGAUCAGAGAGCUGAUCGAGGAAGCGUGGAUGGACAUCACCCAUGAGUGCCUCAGACAGCCACAGCCGAAGGCUCUUCUAGAGAGGGCGGUCAACCUGGCUCGUACAAUGGAUUUUCUGUACAAAGAUGCGGAUGGAUACACAGAUUCACGGAGUAUCAAAGGCAUAUUGGAUUCAUUGUAUGUGCAUCUAAUAGACUAAAAUAGUUCGGAAAACACUGUUGGCUAUAUAACCCACAGGAUGAACAAUUCAAUAUACCCGUGUGUAUCUAGUUAAUUUGUAGUAUUUGCAAAUGUAUUUUGUUUCCCAAAAGGUAUCAUGCUGAUAUAUUCCAGAUAUCUUUUUUCGGCUUU